CAGCUGUUAUACGAAGCAACAGUCGAUUACCUAGGCCAUGAUAAAACAACGUGAGUCCAAAUAAAUUCACAACGCGCAACGUUUAAACCUUUAUUUAACGCAAAAGUUAUGGCAAAGACAAAAAGAAAUAUUCGUGCAAAGGCCAAAAGUGCUGUGGGAGUUGCCAAACAGAAGACCCAGGAAGUGCAGGCAAAACUAAAUAAGGCAGUGCGACAGGACAAAUUGCUGCACAAGACCUUAACGCCCAAGAAGACAACAACAAAAAAGGAAAAGUCGGCACAGAAGCACACCAAAUUACUUAAACGCUUUGUGGAGAUAAAGAAGGAGCUCAAGGAAGAGCAGGCACGCAAGAAUCGAGAGAAAACCAAGGUUAUAGGCGACUUGAAACCCCUGCGCGAUGCACUGCCCUCCCUGGGCGACAUCUACAAGUUGGUGAAGAGUCAGAAAAAGGAAACGAUCGAGCAGACCGCACUGACAGAGGCAGAACCGUUAAGUGCCAAGAAGAAGAUAAAAAAGAAACGCAACGAAAAUAUCAGCAAAAUACAGUCCUUCGAGAAACUGAUCAAGGACAAGAAAUUUAAACGGAAUCCGCGCGAGGUGAUUGCGAACCACCUUCGCAACAAGUAUCAGGCAAUGGAAGAGGAGGACGCGGAGUAGAAGCUAGCGAAAUUAAACAAUUGGAAAAUAUUGCCUUUACACUUUUAUUGUAUUUAUUAAGAAGUAUCAUUAAUAUCUAUGUAUUUGCAUUUCUUA